CAUCAGCCGGAAGCUACUUUGCGUCAUUAUUGUCGCGCGAAAGUAUGAACGGCGGGUUCAGCUAGAUCUAGAGCAACAAAACAGUUUAGGCUAUAAUGGAAAGCCUAAUUGCUGCAUUUCCCAUGGCAUGGAGAGGUUUGUUUGGAGCUAUGGCCACACCCCAAUGUCAGGUAGUAUCAGCAGACCUCUGGCUUCAGCAACAAACUGACUCCAAGUUUGGCACAUGCUUGAAUUGGCAGGAACUAGUUGUGAGUCUACAGGACAGGGAACCGGUUGAGGAACAUGGAAAGCUGAUUUUCAAGCCAAGGCUGCUGUGUUUUCCUGCACAUUAUCAAAGAACUAUCUUGACAUUUCUUCACUUACACGGAGAUCAUGUACCCCAGGGACUGAUGCAGCAACUGCUGAGUAGUUUGCAACAGUUUCACUCAAAGGAUGGUUGGGUUUUAGCCUUAAUUAGAUUGCUUGGUCAGAAGACUCAUGCACUAAAAAAACAGAUAGAAAAUGUGCAUGUAGAUGAGGAUGAUCAGUGCAAAAAAUCUCACUCUGAGCCUCUUUACAAAUUUUCUGCUCUCUCUGAAACCAGAGCAGUCUCAUUAAUUGAAAAACUGAAGGCGUUGAAUCAAGAGAAGAAAACUAAUCCUUGGAUUAACUAUGCCAGGUCUUAUCAAAGUGAUGGUUUAGUAGAGGGCAAUAAAGAAAUGUCAGCUGAAGUUGUUCUAAGUGGAAGCCAACCAAAUCUAGUGGAAUUUGAGACCCCUGAGAAGAAAGUUUUAACCUUCACUGAUACUGAUACACCAACAUUUCUAUCAGCCAAGAGGAGGAGAAUGAGUGCUGAAGAUGACACUGAAGCUAACAAGAGUGAAGAAGAAGAAAUGGACACAACAGAAAAAUCUACUUUGGAUCACGACUAUAUUUUACAAGCAGAAAGAUUGAAAGAAGUUUGGAGUAGUGGUGGUGAUAUUUCUGAGAUUCAGUCAGAACUUGAUAUUUUCAAAACCUGCACAGCUGAACAGAUACAGGCAGUGUGUAAUGUUUUAAAUUUCAAAUCACUAGAGGAAGUUGCUUUGGUAACAGCAUGUCAUCAUCUUACCAGCCUGGGAACUGAAGUCAGUUACAGUAAUUGUGUGUGUUUUGCAAGAUCUGCUCUUAUGCCAAAGGAUUUUGUUUAA